GACGGUGCAGGCAGGAGCGUCACAUAGGGAAACAGGAGCCUGAGGGGCAGCACACUGGGACUAAAGAGGACUGAAGAGGCUUAAGGUGGUUUUUUGGAUCAGAUGCACUGACUAAAAGGUUGACUAACAGGAAGGCAGUAAGGAGAUCAAGGGUAUAUAGACUGAGAUUAAAAAGCCUGAAACACUGCAUGUACAGAGAGAAAGGAAGUGACCAUAUGCACUGAUUUAUUUUUGUAGGAAAGUCAGGCAGACACCCUGUGAGGAAGGCUAAGCAUUUUCAGACCAGAGUUUUAUUCCACUGAAGAGAGAAAGGAAAAGACAGAAAGAAGGAAAUUUUGAAUGAGAGGAUCUUCGUCUUCAUCUAGCAAUGCUUUUGAGGAACUCUGCACCAAGUUCUUGCUGUCUGCUGUAUUCCUGGACGGUAAUGCAGGCUUAGUGCACAUUUAUCUUCACUGAAUUCCUCUUGUGAAGAGGAUCCACGUUGUCUUUCUUUUUUGCAGAGUCCUCCUUUAGUAGAGGUGCUGUGCUGACUGUAACUAUGUUUUAUCAAAGAUACUCUUUAACACUAUCAUGGACUACUUGUCUUCUGCUCCUGUGCAUCCUGGAUGCAUGGACUGCGGCCUGGCCGGCCGUUCAGCAGUCCCAGCAGCAGCAGCAGCCUCGGCGGUCAGCUCUGUCGUCCUCCUCAUCAACUGGUAACCUGUCAGAAAGCGCAGAGAGCAAAGUGGAGCGCCUCGGCCAGGCGUUCAAGCGAAAUGUGCGUGAACUGCGUGAGAAAAGCUCCUGUUUGGACCUGGUUUUCCUGGUGGACGAGUCUUCAAGCGUGGGGGCCAACAACUUCCUGAGUGAGCUGAGGUUCAUACGCAAGAUGCUGUCCGACUUCCCCGUUGCACCGGAGAACACCCGCGUGGCACUGGUGACUUUCUCAUCCAAAACCCAUGUGGUAACAAGGGUGGACCACAUCUCUGCACCUAAGUCCCACCAGCACAAGUGCUCCCUCUUCAACCAGGAGAUCCCAGCCAUCAACUACAGAGGAGGAGGCACCUACACCAAAGGAGCCUUCCAGAGGGCAGCGCAAAUCCUUCGUCACUCCCGUAGUAAUUCCACCAAGGUCAUUUUCCUCAUCACUGACGGCUACUCUAAUGGUGGAGACCCUCGGCCGGUGGCGGCAGCUCUGAGAGAACGUGGCGUGGAGAUCUUCACUUUGGGCAUCUGGCAGGGUAACAUCAGGGAGCUCCACGACAUGGCUUCUAACCCCAAGGACCAGCACUGCUACCUGGUGCACAAUUUUGCCGAGUUUGAGGCCCUGGCUCGUCGCGCUCUGCAUGAAGACCUCCCUACGGGCAGCUACAUCCAAGAGGAUCUGUCACGCUGCGCUUCCCUGUGUGAAGCAGGCAAGGAUUGCUGCGAUCUGAUGGCCAGCUGUAAGUGCGGCACACACACCGGACAGUACGACUGCAUCUGUGAGAAGGGACACUACGGCAAGGGUCUGCAGCACGAGUGCACAGCAUGCCCACCUGGAACUUAUAACCCAGUGGGAACGCCAGGAGGUGUGAGCACCUGCCUGCCCUGCCCUGACGCCCAACACACCUCCCAGCCUGGCAGCACCUCCCUCGAUGACUGUGUCUGUAAGCCGGGCUAUAAGCCAACUGGCAUGACCUGCCAAGUGGUAUAUUGCCCAGAGCUAUUGCCCCCAGAAAAUGGCUUUUUUGUCCAGAAUGUAUGUAACAGCCACUAUGAUGCGGCCUGCGGUGUGCGAUGCCUGCCGGGAUUUGACCUCCAGGGAACCAGCAUCAGACUGUGCCAGGCUGACGGCACCUGGUCAGGGACACCUGCCACCUGCAGAGUACGCUCCUGUCCACCCCUCUCCCGGCCCCAGCAUGGCUUCCUGAGGUGCAGCAACGUCAGUGCCUCCUACAGGGCGGAGUGUCAGGUGGGCUGUGAUCGGGGCUACAGAUUAGAGGGAGAUGCCACACUCACCUGCCAGGCAAACUCCCAGUGGAGUGGGCCCCAGCCUCGGUGUGUGGAGGUGCGCUGUCCCCCUGUCGUGACUCUAAAGAACAUCUCGCUGGCCCCCCCUGCCUGCGGGAGAAGAGCUGUGUCGCCGGGCUUUGUUUGCCUCCUCAAUUGUCGUCCAGGUUACAGUCUCCAGGGAAACAGGAAGGCGGUGUGCCUGAGCUCCGGGAACUGGACAGCCAAUGUCUAUAAAUCUUUCUGUACAGAUGCUGAGCCACCGUGGCUCCAGUGCCCCGAGAACAUCGAUGCAGAGACAUCUGAGCGCCGCGGCACGGCCGUCGUCAGCUGGAACAUCCCAGAUGCCACUGACAACUCUAAAGAAGAGGUGGUGAUCCAGGUGAAACCAGUCUAUAGUCCUCCACAGCUUUUCCCCAUUGGAAAGGAAACCAUCACCUACUUUGCAACAGACCGCUCUGGAAACCAGGCCAACUGCUCCUUUACAGUGACUGUCAUUGAUACGGAGCCCCCGGUCAUUGACAGGUGCAGGUCACCGCCCACAGUCCAAGCCACAAGCACGGAGACGGCAGUCGUCUGGGAAGUCCCGCAGUUUUCCGACAACUCAGGUGGUCGCCUCACAGUGACCAGUAGCCACAGGCCAGGCUCGCUGUUCCCAGUAGGAGAGACUCUGGUCCAGUACACCGCUACUGAUGCAGCAGGAAACAGCCGCACAUGCAACCUCACAGUAACCGUCCAAGGCACGACGUGUGACCAGCCAUACGUCCCAGUGAACGGAGAGUUCAUCUGUUCUGAAGAAGAGGAAGGAGUUAACUGUACUCUCCACUGUAAAGAGGGCUAUAGCCUCACUCAGGAUGCUGUGCACAGCUACUUCUGUGCUUAUAACGGCGUGUGGGAGCCGGCCUACUCUGCGGACAGACCAGACUGCUCAUUGAACCGUAUAGCCAACAAUGGGUUUAAGCCCUUUGAAAUGCUCUUUAAAGCAUCUCGCUGUGAUGAUGUGGACCUCGUCAAGUCAUUUGCUGGGGAGUUCAACACCAAGUUGGGAGGCAUGCUUCCUAAAAUUUGUGGCCAUGGCGAUGUCACCUGCAAGCUGGAGGUGAUGUCACAGGGUCACUGUCUGGAGUACAAUUACGACUAUGAGAAUGGGUUUUCGAUCGUACCGGGGGGUUGGGGGGACAGCUGGAGUCCUCAGGGCUCCCAGGACUACGCCUACUUCGAGUCGGGCUUUGCCACGGGCACCCGGCAGCUCCCCAGCCAGACGCCAGACAGCAGCAUGCAACCUCACCACCGCACAAAGAGACACAGAAAGAUCAAAGGCCCGACUAAAGACCACAAGAUCCAGAUCUAUUUCAACAUCACAGCAAGCAUCCCUCUGCCCCUGUUGAGGAACGACUCGAUAGAAGUAGCUAAUCAGAAGAGGCUUCUGCGGAUGCUGGAGCAACUGACCAAUCGACUGAAGCGAACGCUGGCCAAGCAGCCGCUGUCAAGUUUCCACCUGUCCUCAGAGAUGAUUGUAGCAGAUCCCAAAUCACUGGAGAGCAAGAGGGCAUCUCUCUACUGCAGGCCAGGCUCAGUCCUCAAGGGCAGGAUGUGUGUCCAAUGUCCCGUGGGAACCUACUUUUCUCUGGAGUAUAAUGAGUGCGAGAGUUGCUGGCUGGGCUCCUACCAGGACCAGGAGGGUCAGCUGGAGUGUAAGUCCUGUCCUGAAGGAACCUCCACGGCCUACCUGCACUCCCGCAGCAUCAAUGAGUGCAAAGGGCAGUGUAAGCCCGGCAGUCACUCCCUGAAUGGGUUGGAGAUCUGUGAGUCAUGCCCACUGGGUCACUUCCAGUCUGCUUUUGGUGCCAGAAAGUGUGAGGUCUGUCCCGAUGAGACUUCCACUGUCACCAGGGGAGCUGUGGACGAGACAGAAUGUGGAGUCCCCUGUUCAGCAGGUCAUUUCUCCCGCACCGGUCUGGUUCCCUGUUACCCUUGUCCCAGAGACUACUACCAGCCUGAACAUGGCCGCUCAUACUGCCUCUCCUGUCCCUUCUAUGGGACCACCACAGUCACAGGGGCAACCACCAUACAACACUGUUCCAGCUUUGGCUCCAGCUUUCUUCCAAAGGAGGAGAGCGUCACUACUGCUCCAGAGGUGGAGGUCAUUGAUGACUACCAAUCCAGCAGUCAGGUUUUCCAUGAGUGCUUCCUGCAUCCGUGUCAGAAUAAGGGGACGUGUGAGGAGGUUGGAGCAGGAUAUGUGUGCACUUGCAUGCCCGGGUUCACAGGUGCUAAAUGUGAGGUUGACAUAGACGAGUGUAACUCUGCUCCGUGCCACAAUGGAGGCUUGUGUAAGGACGGCAUGGGAGACUUCCAGUGUCAGUGCAAGCCUGGAUUUUUAGGCUCUUUGUGUGAGGCAGAGGUAAAUGAGUGCCACUCCUCCCCGUGUCUGAACGAAGGCAUGUGUGUGGACGAGGUCAACAAGUUCAUCUGCAGCUGUGCCGCUGGCUUCACAGGAUCUCGCUGUGAGCUGGAAAUCAACGAGUGCCUGUCCAACCCCUGUUUGAACGGAGGCGUGUGUGAAGACAUGACAGCUGGUUACACCUGUAAUUGUGCCGUCGGAUUCUCGGGGGACCGCUGUGAGGUGGACGUGGACGAAUGUUACAGCUCUCCCUGCCUGAACGGAGGCUCAUGCCUGGAUGCUCUUAACAGUUUCAGAUGUCAGUGUGUGGAGGGCUACCGAGGCCGGCUCUGUGAGGUGGAUGUGGAUGAGUGUGAUCCUAACCCCUGCGUAAACGGGGCCAGCUGCUUAGAUGGUCUGGGGUCGUACACCUGUCGCUGCCUCCCUGGGUUCAACGGAACCAGGUGUGAGACAGAGAUGUCCUCUGCCUUCAACCUGGACUUUGAGAUGUCUAGUAUCCAUGGCUAUGUGAUGAUGGACAGAGUGAUGCCAGCGCUGACCGAAAUCACCUGCACCUUCUGGAUGAGGUCAUCCGACACCACCAAUUAUGGCACACCUGUGUCCUAUGCCGUGGAAGGCAGUGAUAAUGCUUUUCUUCUAAUAGACUACAACGGGUGGGUGCUGUAUGUGAACGGUAAGGACCGGAUCACUGACUGCCCUGCAGUAAACACCGGUCAGUGGUACCACAUCGGUGUGUCCUGGAGGAGCUGGGAUGGAGAAUGGAAAAUCUACAUCAACGGGAAGCCGUCAGAUGGAGGCACAGGCCUGUCAGUUGGCACCAUUAUCCCAGCUGGAGGGGUUCUGGUGUUGGGUCAGGACCAGGAUCAGAGGGGUGAGGGCUUCAACCCUGUCGAAUCCUUCGUCGGCUCCCUCAGCCAGCUCAACAUCUGGGAUCGUGUUCUCACGCCACAGCAGAUUAAGGUCCUGGCCAGCAGCUGCCCAGCCUCUCAUGUGACCCACAGAGGGAACGUCCUCGCCUGGCCUGAUUUUCUCAAUGGAGUGGUGGGACGAGUCAAAGUAAACCUCAACAGCAUUUUCUGUGCUGACUGCCCCAAGCUGGAGAACACUGUGCCCCACCUGCACGUCUCCACUGUGGAUGUACACCCAGGUGCGCAGGUUCAGCUGUCUUGUGAUCCUGGUUUCUACCUGCUGGGAGAGCCUGUGCUGCAGUGCCAAAAUAAAGGGGAGUGGAGCCACCGCCUCCCCAGCUGCGAACGUGUGUCCUGCGGAUCUCCUCAUCCUCUGGAAAAUGGCUUCUUCCAGGGCACAGACUUCCAUGCUGGCAGCUCUGUGGUCUAUCAGUGUAAUGCUGGUUUUUACCUGCUAGGGGACGCCAAAAUGCACUGCACCAACAGCGGCAAGUGGGGAGGAAACGCACCAGCAUGCCUGGAUGUGGAUGAGUGUGCUCUGGGGUCUGACUGUGACGAUCACGCCAGCUGUCAUAACACUGAAGGCUCCUACACCUGCACCUGCAUCCACCCAUACAGUGGUGAUGGCAAAAACUGCACAGAGCCUGUGAAGUGCGAGAACCCUGGGUCUCUUGAGUUUGGUCACCGAUACGGCAGCAGCUUCCUGAUGGGCAGCGAGGUUGUGUUCAGCUGUGACGACGGCUAUGAGCUGAUUGGCUCAUCUCGACUCCGCUGCCUGGAAACGGGAGCCUGGGAUGAUGCUGUCCCAUACUGCAAAGCCCUCUCCUGCCCAGCACCAACUGUUCCAGAGAACUCUAUCAUGAUGGGAAGCAACUUCACCUAUGGAAGCAAGGUGACUUUCAGCUGUAAGAAGGGCUUCCAGCCUCAGGUCCCCUAUGAGUUCCAGUGUCUCUCUAGUCUGAGGUGGACCGGGACACCUCCUACCUGCCAUCCAGUGACCUGCGGGGGGCCACCAACAGUGGAAAAUGCAGACUACACCCUAAACACAAACACAUACCUCUCCACUGUGACAUAUACCUGCACUGAGGGAUACAGACCACAGGGCUCCAUGGAUUUGGUUUGUGAGGCGUCAGGGGAGUGGAGCAGGCCUUUCCCCCGCUGUGUGAGAGUCCUGUGCAGCGAGCCCCCGACACUGGAAAACGCUCUGACUGUAGGAGAGAACUAUGAGCUGGGAAACAAGGUGCACUAUGUCUGCAAAGAAGGAUACACUCUGAUUGGCCCAGAGACCAGAGAAUGUCUACCAACUGGCCAAUGGACUGAAAGCACAGCCCAGUGCGUCCCCCGCUCCUGUGGCCCCCCGCCUGCCAUCGACCACGCUGAACCCUAUGAGACCCACAAGCUUUUCGGAGAUACUGCUAACUACUACUGCGCUGAUGGAUACACGGCCGGCAACAACUCCAAGAUGGUUUGUAAUGCUCAGGGUGUGUGGGUCCCCCCUGAUGGCAUGGAGGCCCCUCGCUGCAUCGCAAACUUCUGCCUACGUCCACCUGACCUACCACAUGCGAUUUUAGAUUCUAUCAACAAACCAAAAUACGCCAGCAACACCGAAGUGAGCUAUAAAUGUGAAGAGGGUUUUAUGCUCAACACUACAGCCACACUGAGAUGCCUGAUGGGAGGAGAGUGGGAGCCCUCGCCCUAUGAUAUCGGCUGUGUGCCGGUGAGGUGCUCCAAGCCUGAGAGCAUUGAUCAGGGCUAUGUGAGCGGAACAAACUACAGUUUUGGAGCUGUGGUGGCAUACAGCUGCUUUAAAGGCUUCUUGAUUCGGGGGGAGAAGAGGAGGACCUGUAAGGCCAAUGGAGAAUGGGGAGGAAUUCUACCUACCUGUGCACCUGUGUUCUGCUUGCACCCUCCAACACUCAAAAAUGGAUACUUCCAGGUCAAAGGUCGGUUCACUUACAACAGCAAGGUGACAUAUACCUGUAAUGCAGGCUACAGACUGGUUGGUCGACCAGAGCGAGUUUGCCAAGCCAACCGCCAGUGGUCCAACCAAGACCCUCCCACCUGUGUCCUUCUGACCUGUGACCCUCCUCCUAACAUCGUUCAUGGACUCUACAAAGGCUCCGAGUUCCAGGUGGGCCGUAAAGUGGUGUAUGCUUGUGAUGAGGGCUACGAGCGUGGGGAUGCUGUCUGGACCUGUCUGAAGUUUGGAAGGUGGGAUAAGAUGAGGCCUCCACGCUGCUCACCAGUCCAGUGCCCAGAGCCACCACUGGAGGAGAACCACCUGGUCCUAAAGGGCCUGGACUCUGAAUCUGGAACAGUGGAGUUAUCCUGUGAGGAUGGCUACGUCCUGGAGGGGGCUCGGUUCCUCCGCUGCACCCCGUCACAAGAGUGGAACGACACCUUUCCAGUGUGUAAGCAGGUGUUUUGUGGUUCACCACCUGAGGUAUCAUUUGGCGGCCCUUCCAGAUCUUCUGCCCGAUUCCCUUUCAGCUCUGUGGUGACCUACAAAUGCAUAGAUGGCUUCACUUUAAGAGCAGAAAAUUCAGUGUUCUGUCUAGCCAGCGGACAGUGGAGCAGUCCUUACCCAGAAUGCAUCCCAGUUGAAUGUCCUCAGCCUGUAGAGAUUUCAGAUGGUAUUGUUGAUGUCCAGGGACUGAUGUACCUUAGCAAAGCACUGUAUAGUUGUAAGACUGGAUAUAGCUUAGUAGGUAACUCCACCAUUCUCUGUGGAGACAAGGGACUCUGGAUUGGUGGAGUGCCUUCUUGCCGCCCAAUUGAAUGCUCAGUCCCUAAACAGAUAGCCAGUGGAAAGGUUGUCUAUACAAACUAGUUUGGUCACAGUGCGACCUACUCCUGUCACCGUGGUUACCGCCUUCAAGGCCCAGAGACUGUUAGGUGUCUCGCCAGUGGGGAGUGGGACAUUGAGUCGCCAACUUGUGUGCAGAUAUCCUGCACACCACCUCAGCCAAUUGAAAAUGGCUUUGUAGAAGGCCAGGAUCAUAGUUAUGGUGUCACUAUUUUCUACAGCUGUUUUCCUGGCUUCCAGCUCGUAGGUCAGGACCAUCUAACGUGCGCGGAGUUCGGCUGGUCGAGCUCUGUUCCUGGCUGCGUGCCCUCGGACUGCGGGCUGCCUCCUCACAUUGACUUUGGGGAGUAUGUCAGGAUACGAGGAGGAUCUGCCUCCAAAGACACUGGAACACUGGACUUGAACUUCCUUCAUGGGACACUGAUUGAGUACCGUUGCCACCAUGGUUAUGACCUCACAAGCCAAAUCAGGUUGGUGUGCCAGGAGGAUGGGGGUUGGAACGGGACGGCCCCAUCAUGUGUACCAGUGGAGUGCGAAAUACCACCUAGUCCAUAUCACGGCUGGGUGAAUGUGACUCAUACCUCCCUCGGCACUACGGUCACAUAUUCUUGUGAUGAAGGAUAUAAGCUGGAGGGGGAGCCUGUGAGACAGUGUGUGUCAAGUCGAGUGUGGACUAGUGAUGCUCCAGUUUGUCAACCUGUUUCCUGUGGUCAUCCAGGGGCUGUGGAUAAUGGCAAAACACAGGGAGGGGGUUUUGUCUAUCCUGAGGUAUUGCGCUUUGAGUGUAAUCCUGGGUUUGUCCUGAAGGGCAGUAACGUUAUCACCUGCCAGGCAGACGGAAAGUGGAGUGGGCAGAAGCCGCAGUGUGAGCCGGUGUCCUGUGGUCCUCCUAAAAUCCCCAGUGAUAUUACAUUUAAAGGCACAGAGUUCACCUAUAAUAACAAAAUCGAACUGAGCUGCCAGCCUGGUUUCAUCUUAAGAGGGAAGUCUGUAAGCGUUUGCCAGGGUGAUGGUACCUGGAGCCACAAGGCUAUCGCCUGUCUCCCAGCCCACUGUGAGAAACCCUCCCCAAUACUGAAUGGGCACAUACUGGGGUCAGAGUUUGGCUACAACAGCAAGAUAAAGUAUGAAUGUGAUGAAGGAUACACGCUUAAUGGAGAUUCUACACGUGUCUGUCAGUCAGAUGGACUUUGGGACAAACCGGCACCCCGCUGUGACAUCAUUAGCUGUGAUCCCCCUGAGGACAUUAGUCACGGCUAUGUGAAUGGCUCCAGCUUCAACUAUGAUGAUGUGGUGGAGUACGUCUGUUUCGAUGGCUAUGAGGUCGUUGGUGAUCCCAUCCUGCGGUGCUCCGCUCAGGGCGUCUGGGUGGGCCCUGUUCCUCAGUGCCAGCCCUGCGUCUGUACCCUCCCUGUAGUUAAAUUUGGAGUGGUUCUUGGCCAUGAUCACUCCUGCGGAGACCGAGUGCAUUUCCAAUGUGACGACAGCUACAAGCUGCUGGGUCCCUCUCAAGCUGUGUGCGAGAAAGGAGGGGUGUGGAGCCCCGGGUUGCCUGUGUGUAGCCGUGGAAGGUGUAGUGUCACCCCACCUACAGUUCCUAAUGCUGUCUUGCAGGGCGCCAGCCCCAGCUACCCAGAAGCUGCUAUGUACAGGUGUCGGCCUGGCUACCAGCCAAAGGGGUAUCCCUACCUCACCUGUGGAAGAGACGGCAGGUGGGGGGAGCCCAGGAUAAGAUGUGAGCCUGUGAGUUGUGGAAACCCGCCAGUGGUCGCCCAUGCGCAGGCUGUGGGAGACAUCUUCACCUUCCCAAACCAGAUCACAUACAGGUGUGAUGAUGGAUACGAACUAGCCACGCAGACAGCUUCUCUGUCCUGCCAGAGAGAUGGCACCUGGUCCAAACACAACGUUCGGUGCCGCCCCACCCCCUGUCUGCUACCCAUCAACUUCUCCAUCCCCCAUCUUAUAAUCACCGGGAAGGAGCUCACGCCUGUCGGGGGGACCGUCACUCUCUCGUGUCCUACCGGCUUCUUCCUGCAGGGGUCAGCGCUAGCAGAGUGUCAGGUCGGUGGAAGCUGGUCUCCAAGUGUCUCAUCGGUUUCCUGUGAGAUGGUGGUGUGUGAGAAACCACCUCCUCUUCUUCAUGGUUUCAUAGAGGGGGACAGCUACAACUAUGGAGACUUUGUCAUGUACUCCUGCCUGCCUGGCUUUGACAUCAAGGGAGAGUCCAUCCACAUCUGCCAGGGAGACAGAACUUGGAGCAGCACACAGCCAGUGUGUGUUGAUUCCUCAUCGCACUCCUGUGGGGCUCCUCCCACAGUACAAAAUGCACACGCGAUAGGUGAGCCUUACCUGCACAAUGUUACGUAUGUGUGUAAUCCCGGGCUGCAGCUGGUUGGCCCAAAGAUGCUCACCUGCCUGGCCAAUGGCAUGUGGAGCGUGCCAGCGCCUACAUGUGAAGUGGUCAGAGGCUGCAUCAGCCCCAAACAGGUGCUGCACGGCAAAGUGCAGGAACUCAGCCUGAACACCGGGCGUGCUCUGAAGUUCCAGUGCGACAACGGCUACAGCCUGGUGGGAGAUCCUCUGGUGGUGUGCAUGGGAGGCAGUGCCUGGAGCUCCACUUUCCCCACCUGCCAACCCAAGUCUUGCCCAGCUCCUCCAGGCUGGAAGGAGGACAGUAGCGGAGACAGAUUCCAGCAGGAGUUUCAUGUCGGUCAGUCGGUGCGUGUUAACUGCCCCAAAGGUCAGCAGGUCAAAGGCAGCGGCACCAUCACCUGCAGGGCAGACCAGACCUGGAGCCCAAUCAGUUCUGUAUGUGAAAGGGUGUCCUGUGGCCCCCCACUCCAUGUGGCCAAUGGGGUGGUGCGGGGGGCGGUGUUCCAGUUCGGGGACGUGGCGGUGUACUCGUGUUAUGGCGGCUACGCCAUGGAAGGCGUUGGAAGGAGCAGGUGUCUGGAGAACGGCACCUGGACGCUGCCCCCCACGUGCAGAGCGGUGUGCUGGCUCCAGUGUCAGAACGGAGGUGUGUGUCAGCGGCCCAACACUUGCUCCUGCCCCGAGGGCUGGAUGGGUCGCCUCUGUGAGGAGCCCAUCUGCAUCCUGCCGUGCCUGAAUGGAGGCCGUUGCGUGGCACCCUACCAAUGCGAGUGUCCCACUGGGUGGACGGGCACACGCUGCCACACAGCUGUGUGUUCGUCACCUUGUCAGAACGGAGGCAGAUGCAUCAGGCCGAACAGAUGUAGCUGCACUUCAGGCUGGAGUGGACACGACUGCUCCAGGAAGAGGAAGGCAGUAUAUUAUCAUUUCUAAAGUUUCCAGUCGGCUCCACGUGAAGGGAAUUCUUGUAUAGUUAACUGACACCUGCAAACGAUUCACUCAUCUCUCCGCAAAAAGGCAAAGCAAGAACCAUUUUGUAAGAUAAAGCUGUAUUUUUUCAUAUAGAGACUCGACAGUAUUAAACAUAUGCUGCUAUAUACUUGUACGAUGUGUACAAACUAUUGCUGUGAUGGUCCAUUGUAUAUGUGUAAACUAUUCUCACAUUUUUAUUAAAGCAUAAAAUACCA